UGACUGAACGACCUGCUGUGAGCCUGCUGAUGGCGCUCUGGGCUGCCUCGCAGUGGAAGUGCUGGAUCCACCUGACUCUGCUGCUCGUCCAGGUCUCUUUACCUGAAGCUGCAACUUCCUGUCAUAUCCUGAGGUGUAACUCGGAUUUUGUGGCUGCAACGCUGGACCUGGGCAGCAGCAGUAGUGGCAGCAGCGGUGGGGCAGCAGGAGGAGCAGCAGCUGUGAGCAGGGAGGCGGUGAACGCCGGUUACUGCAGCGCCCUGCGCUCCUACGCCAUGUGCACCAAGAGGCUGUCGCGAGCCUGUCGUGGUGACCUCGCGUACCACUCUGCAGUCCAAGGAAUCGAAGAUCUGCUCAUCCAGCAUCGCUGCCCCCGGGUGGGGCCCACGGCACAGCCCCGCCCCCCCCCUGCCGAAACGCUGUCGGGUGACACCUGCCUCUAUGAGAGGAGCUUCUUCAGCAGGGAGGGGCAGACACCCGAAUACCUGCACUGCAGCGUGUUCGGAGACCCGCACAUCAGAACUUUCAACAAUGACUUCCACACAUGUGCCGUUCCGGGGGCGUGGCCUCUCAUCGACAAUGAGUAUCUGUACGUACAAGCCACCAGCUCACCAACCAGGGGAGGCAUGUACGCCACAGUCCUCACCAAAAUCACCAUCAUCUUCAAGAACUGGCGUCAGUGUAUCGACCAGCAGCUGUACCAGGCCGAACUGGAUAACGUCCCCGCCGCCUUCGCGGACGGCUCGAUGUGGAGCGGCGAGUGGCGAGGUCAUCGCAGCCUCACAGUUCGGACUCUGAAUCCCGGCCGGCACGCCGAGAUCCGAGCGGUGCACGUCGGCACAGUCUUGGUGGUGCGUCAGAGCGGCCGCUCGCUCGGCCUCUCGGUCCUCUCGCCACGUGGUGUCGUUGAGGCGUUCAGGCCUGAGCAGGACCUGCAGCUGUGCGUGUGGGGCUGCCCCCCCUCCCAGAGACUCAACACACUUCACCCACCACCAUCAGACCCUUUGAUGUCCACCGCCCUCAGUGCUGAGGACCACUGCGCGGGGCUGCUUCCAGCUCGAGACGUCUACUAUCAGGCCUGCGUGUUCGACCUGAUCGCCAGCGGAGACCUGAACUCCAGCAUGGCCGCUGUCAGUGCACUGCAGGAUGCCCAAACCAUGAUCCCAGACAGGGAAGGGGUUCACCUGCUGCUGGUUGGAUCUGCAGGGCACACACGACCUCACCUCACGCUGCUGCUGCUGCUGCUGCUGCUCAGCAUUUUGGGAACUCUUAGCAGGCCCUGAGAAACAGGAAGUGACCUCAGACUGUGAAGCUGAAGGAAAUGUUUGGAAAAUUUCCCAAACACAACACCUGGAAGAGGACCUAAACGUGAUGUCCCAGACGCUGACAUCACUGCUGACACCUGAAGCUGGUUUUAUGGUCCCACAGAGGACGCUCACGUGCGGGCCUGGCCCGUCUGCCUGUCACAUGGAGGCGGUGUAGAAUAUAUGUGGGCCACUCGUCUUUGUGCUGUUGUUGGUCCGUUAGCUAGUGACGGAGAAAAGUCAAGCUCUAAAACACAAAGAGCUGAAUUGAAACUGAGGGUUAAAAACAAGUGUCACUGCAGCCUGUUUGUUUCGGUCUUUGAACUUUAUGUUACGGUUCUCCCGUUAAACUCUUUUUUCACUCCCUCCUCUAUUCAGACCAGUCGACAUUAGGCAGUUACUUACAUCAUGUAAUUUCAGCAUUGCGCUAUAUCUUGGAGGACUGCACGGGAGUGUGUCUACCGUGGAUGAAAAACCCCACAGACACAUUUGUAGGACCAUAAAACCAGCAGAUGGCGUCCUGAUGGUGACAGUCUAGAUGGAACGGAGCUGCUUGGAAACUUUCAGGGGCCACAGACUUUAAUCGGAGCCCCGAAUGUUUGUGGAUCACUGCAGCUGAUCCAGAACCUUUAAAAAUCUGUGUGCAAAAGAAAAAACAAAUUAAUUUAGCUGCUAAUUGACAAUUUGAUAAUAAAGAUUUCCUCAUGAAAUGUUGAA